UAAAUAAACACAAUUUGAGUCUUUCGGGUUCCGAUUGCUGGGCUUCAGUUGGGUUCAUCGUGACCCGGUCUAGUUAAAGGAGUUUCAUUUUGUGUACGCCUAAUUUAAGGCUUCUAGCUGACACCCAAAACUUCACAAAACUUCGAAUGAAAAUUCAAAUCCUCGUUUCUCCAUCAUAGAUUCCGCAUAAUAAUGGCAACACCUUUUUUCGCUGGGCUUGCUGUUGCGACUGCUGCUCUUGCUGGUAGGUAUGGUUUACAAGCUUGGCAAUCAUUCAAAUCUCGUCCACCCAAGCCCCGAAGAUUUUAUGAAGGCGGUUUUCAACCUAAGAUGACCAGGAGGGAAGCAGCUCUUAUUCUUGGCGUAAGGGAGAGUGCAGCCGUAGAGAAGGUAAAGGAAGCUCAUAGAAAGGUUAUGAUUGCAAAUCACCCUGAUGCCGGUGGCAGUCAUUACCUUGCCUCUAAAAUCAAUGAAGCCAAGGAUAUAAUGCUUGGAAAGCCCGAAGACACCGGCUCCGCCUUCUAAUGUCAUCAAAAUAUCGAUUCAGAAGUUUCCAACAAAGCUUAGUUGCGCCAGCAUACGAGCUGCAAAAGUUGAGGGCUGUCUAGGUGAUUUUAGCUUACGAGCUUGGAAAUGGGAUUGUUUACUGUCCAACGAAUGGGGUUUUGUAUUUGUUGUAGUGAUAGCAAUUAUUAUUUAGUUUAGCAUAAAUUUUUAUAGAACGAAUUUAUUACAUGCAAACAUUGUACUCUUUCAUUAGCUUUGUAUCUUUAAUUCUACGUACUAUGAUUCUUCGUAAA